CUAACAAACAUACAUCCAUCUAUCUAAACGUUCGCAUUUAUAAUAUUAGUAUGACUAGUAUGAUUACAUUUGUAUUAUACUUUGGCCUGGUGAACAUAACGAUUAGAAUGACUCAGCCGUAUUAUAGUUCUUCAGCCUUGAGCUUCAUGUCCGAAAUCAUAGAUCACAAUCCUUAAUGGAUUUUAGUCAUUGACGAAUUUAAAAAGUAGAUUGGCUUAUCAAUAUUGAUGUUUGUAUUCGCAUGUUACGCUUUAAUAUUUCAAAUAAAAAAUAAAAAAAAAAUCAAUGUAAAAUAAAAAAGCCUAUUUUUUACAAAACUUGACAUUUUUUGGGACUCUGCUUUUGUGGUAGGGAGACCUGUGUUACAAGAGGCAGUGCCUUCUUUUAAUCCAAGUACUAGGAAGUUUUGUAAAUGAGUGUUACAUGUUUCCUAGCCCCAUUACGUAACUCCACGCCAGUCCAAAAAGCGACUUAUCAUUCUUUACAACACUCUUAAGUAGUAAUAGUCGUAACUGUUAUAAAUAUAGCUAUUACACAAUGUGUUAUCAAUUCAGUUAGCCACCACCAAAAAACGCAGACGUCUUUGUUUCUUUACUAAUGAACGCGACAGAUUAUUUCUAAAAAUGGUUUCUAACCUUAUUCAACGUUUUAUAAUUGCUAAUAUUUUAACUAUCUUUUAUUCUAUAAUAAUUACAAUCGUUUCUUUAUCAAUUUACUUAAAGAAUCUUUUUAUAUAUUCUGGUAAUCAGUCGGUGUUGUCGCCUCCGGCAAGUCUUUCUGAUCCAAAGUACGGUGUGCAUAAAUAUCUAAAGGCUAACAAUGUAAAAUUACAUUAUGUUGAAAGUGGUGAUCCUUCCAAACCGCUCAUGUUAUUCCUGCACGGAUUCCCGGAGUUUUGGUAUUGCUGGCGACAUCAAAUUGUUGAAUUCAAUAAAAAAUAUUGGUGUGUUGCGGUCGAUAUGCGAGGUUACGGAGAUUCUGAGAAACCAGAGGGCCUGUCCGCAUAUAAAAUAGAUGUAUUAGUAGAAGAUGUGCGUGAUUUUAUGCGAAAAUUGGGUCGCAAUAAGUGCAUACUGGUGGGUCACGACUGGGGUGGCAUAGUGGCUACCAAGUUUCGUGAUACACACCCAGAGGCAUUAGACGCAUUGAUACUGCUUGCCAGUAUCUCCAGAGAAGCGUGGAGCCGAGAGAUUUGGGGUAAUCUUACUCAGAAUAAGAAAUCAUGGUACAUAUUCUUUUAUCGUAUGCCAAAGUUAGCAGAGCUAACGGAGAAAUUAACAAACAUGAGAAUCUUUAAAGUAGUCUUCAAUAAUGGUGAUAAAAAACUUGACGAGAAUACGCUGAAAUGCUACAAAUACAUAUAUCCGACACCAGCGUCGUUGACACCACCGAUAAGUUACUACCGAGCUAACUUCCAAUUGACAUUCCCAGAUAAGUAUAUAGAUAAUAACGUCCCGAUGCUUGUAGCCAACGCUGAACUCGAUGUGGCUUUAGCUCCAACAUUAUUGGACCGGAUGAAGGAAGAAUACAAAUAUAUUGAAACAAUAUUGGUGAAAAACAGUCACCAUUUUUACCAAGAAGAAGAACCAGAAAAAGCCAAUAAGAUUAUAAGAGAUUUUCUAGCAAAGAAUAAGUUAUAAAUAGGAUUAACUUAAAUAAUUGUAAUUGAAAUGUAAAUGUGUAUAACCGUCUAUAUUUUUAAACAAACAAUGUGUUGUCUAGAUUUCUCCAUCGUUAGGUUGUUUUCAAAUAAAUGAGUUACAAUUUUCGGUUUAGUUUUUUUUAUGUUUGUUUUAUAUGUAUUUCAAUACGCAUUAUUGGUUUAUACGAGUAGGUUAUAUGUCACGGUCAUUAUGAUUUU